CAAAAGCCCCUCACUCCUGCUGUGUAAGAAGAGGUGAGUCUUUGUCAGUCAGGGUCAUGAAAAUAAAGGCGAGAGUGUGAAGGUGCCUGCACAGAAUUAUUUUAGGAUGCUCCUGAAGAAUCAGAAUGUAAACAUGGAGGUGAUAUUGACGGUACUCCUUCUCUCAUCCUGCUUUGGCUCGAAUGUCGCCACCACGAAAGUCUGCCCUCCCAGUGCCGUGAUGGACAUCGUGUUCCUAGCAGAGAGUUCCUACAUUCGACCUGAAGGAUGGUUUGAUAAUGUGAAGAACUUCUUCUGUGCCAUAGUGGACAGUUUUUAUGUCAGUCAAGAUCAAGUCCAGAUCGGCCUGGCUGAAAACCUUCCAUACCGUGAUAAAGGAUUCCCAUUCAACACCUCCCAAGAAGCAGAAGACUUGAAGAAGUUGUUUCAGAGCAUGAUAUGGCCUAGGGGAAGCUCACUUAACUUGCACCUGGAGAUGAUGCUGACCCAAAGGUAUACAGAGGAAGCAGGCAGUAGGGCCAACAGAGGGGUACCUCAAAUGGGUGUAGUCGUAACAGACACCUGGGCCAGCAGUCUACCCUUAUCUGAAGUGCUGAAGAACAAUGGAGUCACUAUGUAUGCUAUCGGGAUUGAGAGAGCAAGUAAAGAAUAUCUAAGGAUGAUUGCCAGUAAUCCGCAGAAGAUAUUCGACAUGCAACAGGUGGGUCAUCUGAAAUCUGUUGUCUCAGAUUUCGGCGAAGCCCUGUGUGAUUCAGCAGAGGUCACGCUACAGCUGCCCAAAGUCUGUCCACAGGGAAUGGAGGCAGACAUUAUCUUCUUUGUGGAUGGGUCAGGUGACAUCGGGCCUGAAGAAUUUGUAAGGAUUAAGGACUUCCUCUAUGUCCUGGUGAACAUCUUCUAUUUUGGUCAGGAUCAGGUCCGAGUUGGAAUGGUACAGUUCAGUGACACAUUUCAUACAGAGUGCGAACUUGACACCUACCAAAACAAGAGAGACAUACAAAAGUGUAUCUGGAAUGUUCAGCAAAUCAGUAAUUCCACGGGUAUAAAUGGACAGGACCUAGACUCCAUGCUGACCCACUUCUUCAGAGAAGCAGCGGGCAGAGGUACCAGGACGGGGAUACCUCAGCUCGGGGUGAUCAUCACAGGUAGCCAGUCAACAACCAGAGUGAAAGAACUGGCCAUGGCGUUGAAGAUGAACAACAUCCUACUCUAUGCCAUUGGGACCAAGAAUGCAGUGCUGGAGGAGCUGCGUAAGACUGCCCGCAAACCAGAAGACGUAUAUAUGCUGUCUGACUUCUCUGGCUUGAAGCACGUCACCCAGAAGAUCAGUCAGUCACUGUGUGCUGCAGCCACAGAGGGAAGGCAACGCAUUGUGCAUCUGACACCAGGCCUAUCCAUCGAACACAGCAAGUUAAUGCUGCAUAGAGGACGAUCCCUCACAGUCCACUGUCAUUAUGAUGAGAUGUAUAGGAAUCAUGUGAAAUACUGGUGUAGGAUGAAAUCGGAGUCAGCCUGUGCUGUCAUAGUGAAUACCAAAGCACCACAGAGCAAAGGCAAUGUGUUCAUUAGUGAUGACCCUACUGAGAAGGUGUUCUACGUGACCAUGAGAGACCUGCAGACAACCGACACCGACGUUUACUGGUGUGGUGUGGAAACCAGUAGAACAGAGAUAUAUAUGGCAUCUAUCAAUCUAACUGUUACUGCUGGUUCCGUUGAUGUGUCGGUGGGAAACAACAUGGUGACCAGUGAUCUAGGGACAAAUGUCACUGUCACGUGUUUCUACAGUGAAGGAAACAGAGACCAAGAGAAGAAGUGGUGCAGAGGAGAAGACCAGGGCUCCUGCCUGACCACAGGGGGAAACGAGACGCAGCAGGACAGAACUCGCCUGAAAAUCGAUCAUGUGUGCCGUAUGCUUAUAGUCACAGUGAGCGAAGUCAAGCAGAGUGAUACAGGCUGGUACUGGUGUGCAUCUGGAGACAAGCGCAUCCCCGUCCACAUCCGUGUCCUCGCUGAAUACAUGCGUUAUGAAAGCAGAACUGCCAGUGAAUCAUUUGCUUUCCCUCUGGUACUGAUCCUUCAAAGGUCGAGCCCAUACUGGGAGCAAAUUCUUCAUGUACUGCUGCAUGUAGCUACUGCUCUCGUCUUCCUGAUCUGUACCAUCCUGGUUUCAAGGAAAAUCUGCGUCUAUCACAGGGAAUCGCAAGGUUCUGAUUCAUACAAAACAGGAAAUGUACGUUAAACAAGGAAGCCAAGUGAAAAGAGACAUGGCUGCUGCGAAUGAGAUGUAAGCAAAUUGAGAAGACAUAACCUGGAAUCAUACUACUGCUUCAAAAUUUCCUUCCUCGUUGACAUGUUAGGCUUACCGUGGUUAAAGACCAUGUUGCUGGUGCUUAUUGCUUUGAAUUCUUUUUUACUAUUAUGUUCUUUAACUUGUUCGGUAGUCAAAAGAGCAAUCAGAUCCUAACAUUGGACUAUUCUUAAAUGGCCCUCUAUGAGCCCUGACCUUAAUGCUAUUGAACAUUUAUGGAAAGAUCUGAGAAAUGCAGUGUGGAGAAGACACCCUUCAAACCUGAGACAGCUGGAGCAGUUUGCUGAAGAGGAGUGGGCCAAAUUACCCGUGGCAAAUGCAGACGUGUCAUUGCGAAGUACAGAGAUUGUUUGUUGGCAGUGACUGCUACUUAAGGUAGUACAACAAAAUGUUAAGUUAAGGGUACCAUCUUUUUGUUCAUGCAAUUUUCAUUUGUUUUGUUAUGUAAAAUAUUCAGCUGAAGCAAAAAUCAAAAGCAAUGCUUAAUUUUUGAUAAACAUGGAAUAAACAUCAA